AUGACUGCAGCAGUAACCAUUGAAUGCAUUGCAUCACCCAUUCCAAAUACUCUGAGGAAUCGCACAUCCCAUUCAUUACCAAAUCAAUCUACUCGUUCAGCUACAGGCAGCUUCACAGAAACAACUACUCGAAUAUCAGACCGACUUGCACGAGCUCAGCAGCUUGCAGCUCAGGAAGUUGCAGUAUUAAAGGCAUCCACUCAAUCAGUUCUGCUACGAGCUAUUAUAUCCGAUAAGAUCCAAAAAGCAUCUUCCAAAUCUGCCUCGAGCCCGUUUGUUCAGAGUCAUCAACUAUCCACUUUUGCGUGCAGUCCAUCAUUGUCCAAAUCUACCGAAUCAGUCCGAGUAUCUGACAAGGAGGAUGUUGUAGCAACUGAUAGCAAAAACCCUGUUUCAUACGGAAUUAGUAAACAGUUUCAGCCAGUUACUUCUCUUGGACGACCUAUCCAUACUAUCAAAACCCCAAAGUCAGCAUGGGCUAUUUCUACUCCAACUGCUCGUUCCGCUACUCCUGUUCGAGUUUCUAGUCCUAGAAAGUCACCAGCACACCAGUCGACUCCCCAUUCUCCAAAAAUUAAACUUCAAAACACCAGUAUAUCACCAUCCAACGCUCCACUUUUUACAAAAAAAAAGGCAGUGUAUUUAAAGAAUGCUAGUCAACCUAAUGAAAGCAGUGUCCGGUUUACUCAAUCACUGUCAAAUCCACUUUUGACCAAGAAACAGCCAGCACAUACUAAACCAACAAAAAAAGAGUUUCGGUUGCCUGUAUCCCAAUCUGCACCUAUGGUAACACGAUCUGGGUUGCGAAUCAAAACAGGAAAGGCUAGUAUUGACGAGAUGAGUCAUAUGCGUCGUGAUAUGGAUAUUCGUCUUAUAAACACAUACAAUAAAUACAUCAAAGCACUAGAUACUCAGACUGUGGCGGCAUCUGCAAGAUCGCAUCAUUCUAAAUCCAACAGGAACCUUAAAUUGGCUAGCACAGUGUCGCAAACUACCAACAGUCAGUCUUUGAUAAAUAAUAAGCACGCACAUACUACUGCUUCAUCUCAAAAAUCCAAAGUAAUCCCAACUACAAAUGUAUCUAAAUUGCCUCGAAAAGUAUCGUCAAACUCAUCCGAAAAUCGGAUGGGUUCAGCUAAAUCCAAGUCAGACCAUAUGAGUCCCAAACACAAACUUUCUGCUCACCCUAUUGCUCAUUCGCCUGAUGUAAAUACCACGUCAACAUUGUUACACUCUUUAGAGCCUCUUGCUAAAAAAAAUAUACCUUUUGACAUGGACCGGUUGCUUGAGCUAAUUCCAGAAGCUCUCAUGGUGCGUAUGACUGCACUUGUUGCUUCAAAAAUUGAUCCACUGCUUGAAAGCGCUCAACAGAAAUUGAACUCUUCUGCCGAUAAACUCGAGAUGCAAGUACAAGAUGCUAUGAAAACCACACGAGCUCAAUCGCCUAAACCAAUCGUAUCUAAUUCUGCUUCCUCGCCACAGCCACCAGUGCUACAGAAUCAGACAGAUGUGAUUGGUUCUACAAAAGAGUUUUCUAGUGUAGAUGCACAAUUGGAUCAUAGUAGCAAAAGUGAUGCAUUAUUUUCUCAAACACGCUAUACUGAAGGUGAUGUGAUUCAUGUUGCUUCGACACCUCCAUUUCUUCCAGAACCAGCUUUGCAACCGCCUCCAAUUCAAACAUCUUUGCAUUCCACAUCAAAUCAUACUUUGGAAACAACAGUAUCUAAUACCAAAUCGCCUCAAAGUGCAUUUCCAGUCCCAUUUUCAAACCAAAACAUUGCACCAAACGAUUUGGAAAAUCUAGUCGAGACUUGCCAGAUAUAUACCAGUGAAUCCAAAACAAAAAUCUCGACAGACUUUGAAGCCAUUGUGAUUGAGAAACCAUCGGCAUAUGAAAUGGCAAAAAGGCAUAUUUUAAAAGACAUGGCACUUGCCAGCAAAAAUAAGGAGCAAGAUGAUACUAUAGAUCAGUCAUUGCAAACACUUGUGCUACCACAGUCAGUUGUGACAAGAAUUGAGCUUGGGCGAGCUAGAAGAAUGAGACAUCUUGCUGCUCAUAUGGAAUGUGCGGUUAUAUCUUUGGUUGAAACAGGUCGUUCUGUUAAAGGGCCGUGGGACUCUAUUGAAAGAAUCACGACAGAGUGUGUGGACGAGGUUUUUGAAUCUGUCUGUAAUGAUAUCCAAGAGUUUGUCAACCUAUAUAUCGACAUGAUUGCUGCCGACGAAUUCGACAAUCCACCUCUAGAUUCGCCAGGCAUUCAAGUCAUUUAAUAUCUAUAGUUUCAGAUAUCAUUUCGCUCGUUCGUGAUCAGGGAUAACUCAUUGGUAUUGAAUCAGACAUCAAGAAACUUGCCAAAGAUGUUGAAAAAAUUAAAUAGUUUGGCGUUUUAUAAUAGAAAGUCAUUUAAUUGUGCAAUUAG